CCCUGUGCCCAGCAUGUCGCACUCGCCCCCCGCCCCCUGGAGCCCCCCGCCCGCCCCGCACCUCCUGCGCUCCCUGGCGCGCUCCUGGCUGGACGAGGACGCGCCCUGGCCCGACCCCACCCUGGCGACCCUCGGGGACACCGCCACCCGCGCCGAGCUGCUCAGCAAAAUCGGGGAGGGGUCUGCCGGGGCGGUGCUGGCGGGGUCCCCGUUCGCCGAGGCCGUUUUUGGGGUGUCGGGGUGCCGCGUGAGCUGGAGGAUCCCCGAGGGGUCCCCGCUGCCCCCCGGGCGGGCGGUGGUGGCCGAGGUGGAGGGUCCGGCCGCGGGGGUCCUGGGGGGCGAGAGGGUGGCCCUGAACAUUCUGGGGCGCUGCAGCGGGGUGGCCUCGAUGGCCGCCAGGGCCGUGGGGGUGGCGCGGGCUCAGGGGUGGGCGGGGGUCGUGGCGGGGACCCGCAAAACCACGCCCGGCUUUCGGCUGGCCGAGAAGUACGCGCUGGGGGUGGGGGGCGCGGACCCGCACCGGGCCGGGCUCGGGGGGCUCCUCCUGCUCAAGGACAACCACCGAGCGCUGGCGGCGGCCGCGGGGGGCAUGCGGCAGGUGAUUCUGGGGGCGCGCCGGGCCGGGGGCUUCACGCGCAAGGUGGAGGUGGAGUGCGCGAGCGCCGAGGAGGCGCUGGAGGCGGCGGCGGCCGGCGCUGACAUCGUCCUGCUGGACAACCUGAGCCCCCAGGAGCUGCGGGCUGUCUCUGCACGGCUCAAGGCCGCGCACCCCGCGCUGACGGUCGAGGCCAGCGGGGGCAUCGCCCUGGAGACCCUGCCCCAAUUCCUGGGCCCCCACGUGGACGUCGUGUCCAUGGGGUGUCUGACCCACGGCGCCCCCGGCCUGGACUUCUCCCUCAAGGUGCUGGAACCCUGAGACUGCCCUGGAACCCCAAACCCAGCCUGGAACCCUGAAAGGGGCAUGGAACACCCCAAAAUCCAGCCUCGACCCCCAAAAUCCAGCCCGGAACCAAUAAAAUCCAACCUGGAAUCUAUAAAAA